AUGGCUGUCCGACGAGGAGGCGCAGACGCCAACACGAUCGCCGACCUGGCGAGGGAGAAUCUGGGUGCUAUCACGCUGGCGCCGAACGAGUCCAACAUCUUCCAGUGGAAGGCAGUGAUUCCCGGUCCUGCUGGAAGCCCGUAUGAAGGCGGCGAAUUCGAGGUCGAAAUCAGAGUACCCGAUGAUUACCCGUACGCUACGCCGCAGGAGACAGUCAAGGAGAAGCCGCCACCACCGCCCAAAGUUGCGCGUCCGCGACCAGUGCACCGGGACACGAAUGGCUCGCCCGCCCCUCCGCCCCCAUUGGCCGGCAGCCGUCGCCGCGCAAACGGCGCUGUCGAGGGCGGCUCGUCGACGCCCAUUAAUUUAACCGGCUCGGACGAUGAGGACGAUAUCCAGGUUGUCGAGGGCUCGCGCCGCCCGAAACGUUCUCGCGUCGAGUCCUCCACCCCCGCUGCACCCGCAGUCGCUGCAUCGGCCACCGCGCCCAACGACGAAGUCAUCGUCAUUGACGACUAG